GCACUUAUGGUGAUAUGUCAAAUUCCAAACUAAACUUGUCUGGGACAAUUUCAUAUAGGAUCUUAUAUUAUCCCUUUUUCUUUAUAACAUAUACAAUAUUUCAUAAAAUAAAUGUAGUUCUCGCUUUUAAAAUUAUAUGUGAAUUGUGGAAAGUGCCAAAUUGAUGUUACGACUUUGUCGUUAUUAUGAAUCAGUUUGAUCAAAAUAUAAACAAAGAUAUGAUUGAUUCUGAUCUAAUUGACGUGGAAUCUCUGGAUUUUUCAGAUGAUCAAACAUGGUUGUGUGUUAGCCCAGAAGACUCAGGACAGAAAGUAGAUAUUGUAGAAUACAAUUUGUCUUGUGAUUGGCCAAUUAUAGAGGAUGAAGAAUAUCUCAAAUUAGAAAAAGAUAUAAAUACAAUACUCGACAAUCUUCUUAAAAAUGACGUGUCAUUACCAGAUAAGCACAAAUUUGACUCUAGGACUUACGUCAAGCCAAAGAAAAGGAUGCAAAGACCGAGUAUCCAGAGUAUCGUCGAAGUUGCGUCGAACCCACCUUCAAUAUCGCCCCACUCGUCGCUCAACCAGUCGACAAACAAGUACCUAACAUACAACAAGUACAAUAAUCCGUUGGGUGCAAUCAGUCCCAUGAUAAGACUGAAGACUUUCAAUGUUGACACUAAUUCGGAUAACAGUCACGCGGUCAAAGAGUUCGCGAUGAAGAGAAGAAGUUUGGUGCAAGAUGAUGACCCGCAGUUAGAGGAUCUAGACAUAACCCUAGCAUCAGAUGUCUCCGAGAGGCUGUCAUCUGAGCACGUGCCCUUCAAGGCCAUCAACAUAGAUCUCUCGCAGCCGGCGCACAACAUUCCCAACACGUUCAACAAAGGUAUGUUGCACGUAAUGCACGAAAGUGGUAGUCUGAACAUGUAUCAGAGUGGUGAAUCGUUGAUGCGAAUGUCUCCACCGAGCCUGGUCUCAUCCUUGGUGAUGGAAAGUUCUGGAAACUUCAACGCCGAGUCACUUGAUAGCAGGAAAUCUAUCUCACAUAGAGAUUCUGGGCUUCCAACAUCUGGUCGCGAUAGUAUUGAUCCAAUGAUGACCAGUAUGACACUCAGUAUUCUAGAUGAGAAAGACAUGAGUACAAGUUUUCUUUCACAAACCACAUAUCCUGACAACGACAGCUUAAUGGACUCUUUACCCCCAAGCCUUGUCAGUUCAGUCAAUUCUUCUUACGUAAUUUCUAACACUUCAAAACCAAAACCGGAUACUACUGAACCUAAUAUCUUCAGUUCAGCUACCUUCACCCAUCUAGAGCAGUCAGAAAGACUAUUAUCAGCUAGACCAAGAUGUCAGCUGUACAACAGUUUCACUAAAAGAGAUUCCAUCAAAAACUCGGAAAGUUACACUAAAGCGCGCGAAGAGGCUUGUCAAAUAGACACAGUUAAAGUUCUAAACGAAAACUGUGAGAAUACUCAAAGUAUUCCACAAUCGCUAAAGAAUUCGAAAUCAAAACCAAACGGUGAAAUGAGCGAAACAAUUACGUUGCACUAUUCUAAUAACAAAUUUAAAAGAGACACAGAUGCGGAGAAAGAAAACCUUAACAAAUUCAAAUGUGAUGAUGCUUUCUAUAGAGAUAUGGGAAUACAAAAAACUGUCGAUUCAGGAAAAAGUAGUCUCAAUGUUACGUUAGAUAAACAAGAACUAAACGAAAUAAUACAGGCUAGACAAAAGCUAUCACUAGCUAGAAAGGCAUUACCAAGUGAGCCAGAAAAGACAAACCAAGGGGAUGUGUCGCCAAUAAAGACGAUACAGCUCCCAAAUCAAACUAUAACAGUGCCUAGACAAAGUAUGGAAAACGCUUCUGAGCUACUUUCGAGACGAAGAGCCAUGAAUUACGACAAACAGGAAGAAGAGAAACCCACAAGAGAAACUCCUAAAAGAAAUGCAACGUUCAAGAAAGUAUCGCCAAAAACAAGUGCGAUGGAUACAACUGUUGUUUAUGUGAACAAUGAUGAUAAUAACAUGAUUGAUAUUAAUUCGGCGACUUUGAACCUCAUAGAUUCGGGAGAGAGGACGUUGCAACAAGAAGCGUUUAUUUAUUUAUUUAUGUAUAUAUUUAAUGUCCAGGAGUGGGGUCUCCAGGAGCGUGCCAUGGUGGGUUCAAGUGAAAGCACGGGAACCGACACCGGCACCUUUAGCUCUAGUAGUCCGCCUGAAAGCGUACCGGAAACUGCCGACCCACGUAUCCAAGUCGCAUCUACUCCAUUAAUGUUCAAACGGGGAGCUAAGAACGAAUUACUGAACCUUCACUCAACAAUAUCUCCUAUAUAUGAUACGGUUGAUGACCAAUCAUAUACAGUAUCAAAAGCAACAGCUGAUAUGGAAAGAACGUACAAUAUGAAUACAACAGUGAUAAACACGGCUACAAUGAUUAAGAAAUCGUCAGCGAAGAGAGAUAUAUUAACAGUUAAAACUAGUCCAGAGAAGAAAAUGUCUGCACCCAUACCUGUUCAAAGAUUGGCUCCUAGUCGGAUUUCUCCUACUGAAACCGGUAUGUAUGCGAUGGCUCCGCCAUCAGCAGUACCGAGAAAAACAAGCCUACCAACAUCAAAGCUAAGACAGUACAGUUCACAUAAGGAACUACAUAGAAUACCUGGUAAGAUAUACUACCUACCUAUAUUAAUUAUUUUUGUGUUGGAAUGUCCAUAUCUCGAUAACGGCUGGGCACAGCUACUCAGAUUAAAGAACAAUAAACCCGCCCCGCCCCCAGGCCCCGCCCCGCCCACCGCGGCCCGCGCGCUGGCGGGCAGGGCGAUGGCCCGGCGCGCCGUGUACGCCUCCAACCCCGCGCUGUCGCCCACCGCGCCCGCGCCGCCCGCCGCCGUCACGUCGCAGCCGUCGCGGAGAGACUCCUACACGUUGACGCAUUACAAAAAAGAACAAGAAACAGAGAGGCCCACGCUAAUAAACCCUCCUGCGCUUGUUCGACAAGGUACCGAGACGCUACGUAGAGAGAGACCCCAAAGUCAACUGGUGGCCCCGAGAGACCCACCAACAACACGCCCCUACUCAAUAGCGGGGUCGUCAACGCUACGCAUAUCUAGACCGAGCUCAGUGCCCCUACAGAAACCUGCACCAGGUAUAAUCUUUUAUUGUUUAAAGCUUCGUAUUGAUUACUAG